AUGGAUCCCAUCACCGUGGCUACCACAGUCUUCGCUUGUGUGGCCUUCGUGAAAGACAUGCGAGAGCUUGCUCAGAAGCUCGCAGAGUCGGUAGAGAAGGUCUCUGACAAUCGCAAAAAGCUACGUGCACUGUGUAACAACAGUGUCAAGCAUCUCGUUGAACUUGAGGAGGUAACUCGUGCGCAUGAGGCUGAUCUUACGUCUCGUCAGCUACAAGAUGCACUCACUGAAUUGCGGGAUGAGCUCGAACGUAUAUAUCGCCGUUGCUCGAAACGCAUAGGACACCGGAAGCGAGGAUUACCCCUGGUUUGGAGCCAUCUCAAAUCAUGGAAGGCUGCAGAUGAGCUCGAAGCAGAUAUCCUCAUUUUCGAGAGCAAUAUUCGAGCUUGCGAGAUGCGCUUCUUGACUACCUCCAUGGUGCGAUUUGAGCAGAAUGCCCGUCUUCAAGCUCAUUCCUUCCACGCUAUGAAUGCCGAACAACACUCUUCCAUGAACCAGCUAGUACAAGCUUUUCGCCAGAGUACGUUUCAGGAGCCGCAAGAAGUGCCCUAUGCCGUCGUGCUCCGGCAGAACACCACCGAUUCUGUCGUUCACAGAGGUAUUGUAGCAAGGCCGUCCGCCCUCAUCCAUGAACCAGCUAGUACAAGCUUUUCGCCAGAGUACGUUUCAGGAGCCGCAAGAAGUGCCCUAUGCCGUCGUGCUCCGGCAGAACACCACCGAUUCUGUCGUUCACAGAGGUAUUGUAGCAAGGCCGUCCGCCCUCACUACUUUGAACGACGUCGAGAAGAACGAGCCGAUCACUCUCGCGGCGCUCACACCGCAGAUCCGUCUGUCCAGAUAAAGGAUGCCAUUCUCGAGAUCUCGUGUACUCUCAAAAUGUUCCGGAGCGCACCAAUUUCAGCAACAGACUGUGCGAAGAACUUACACUCCCUCGCAACAAUACUAGGCGAUCUGGCAAUGUAUGCCAGCGCCCUGAUGGUUCUCGCGCGGUCGGUCAGCUUGUACCGCGACAUGCACCGCAAACAACCAAAAGCCUUUGCUCCCUAUCUUGCGCGCAGCGUUCGCUUCGUAGCAUUAUACCGCUUGAAGUUAGGCCAGUACUCCGCAGCAAAGGUCGCCAGCUCGGAGGCCACCGAGCUCUACCGCCAGGCCUACGCAGACACCCUGGAUGACGGGAUAGCUGCCGAUCUGGGCAUAUCGCUGAACAUUUACUCGCUUGUACUCCGGCAUAAGGGCCAGAUGCAUCGCGCCGAUGUGCUAUCGGUGGCUGAAGAGGCCGUUUGCAUCUUCCGUAGGCUCGCCGAUGCGAGGGAAGAAUUCAUGCCAGAGCUAGCAAAUAUGCUGAUUGGACAGGCACGGCACUUCGGCGACGGAGGGGAUUUCGAUAAGGCGCUCGAGUGCGUGGAGGAAGCCACCAAUCUGUGCCGCACCACGGUGCAACAGAGUCACGUCCCAUUCGCACAGCACAGGCUCGCACGCGCAUUGUUCAAUUACGCCCACCACUUGUGGAAAGCAGGCAGGACCCCGGAGUGUUUGCAGGCGAAUGAAGAGGCGGUUGAACUCUUCCGUGGCUUCUUCUCAGCCCGACCCAACGCAUGGCGGGUGGAAUUCUGCGAUGCGCUGAACAACCAAGCCUGGUUCUCCUACACUUCUGGGUUGUACGAAGACGCUCUAAGGCUGUCGCAAGAGGCGAUCCCUAUCCUACGUGGCGUAGCCACCACUGCGAAGGAGUACGCUGUAUUCACUAAUAUCCUUGAUACACUAGCAGCAGUACUCGAGGCGAUGGGGCGACUCGAGGACUCACUAGCCACCGUGGAGCAGAUCGUGCAUACUAUAUACGACUGCCCGGCAUUCUUGAAACGCAGCGAGCAGCUUAUAAAGGCACUGCGAUGGGCGGCGAGGCUGUUACGGGCGCUCGAUCGUUUUCAGGAGGCGCAGCAGAGGGAGGACGAAGCCGCGCUGGAAGUUGAAAGUUAG